AUGAAUGGCCAUUCGGGAGCCAUGUCGCCUGUCUCCGUUGAUGGCAGCGACUGCCACCCCCCAACCUCUGGCGUCCCCAGCGCGCCCUUGAGUCCUAACAGCAUUGGACCACCACAUCUGGGCAGCGGCAAUCCCUCCCCACCCAGCUCAGUAGCUGCACGAUCCAGUGUUGGAACUCUGGGUGAUGGCCAGCGCGAUGGUGGCCGACGGGGCCGACAGAUGGAGGAGAUCCUGCACCAACACUAUGUGACCUUAAGACGAUUUCUCGAUGCCUCGAUGCGCGAGGACCGGUUAAACGGCCGAUCGAACAAAGCCCGCGAUAAGCUGCUGCGACUCUCGCCCACCCAGUUCCAUGAACUCAGCACCGACGUCUACGAUGAGCUAGUGCGUCGCCAGCAAGCGAUGCCUCCGCCGGGCCGACCUCCCCGUCCUGACGUUCCUCCCUUCCUCCCUCCGCGCAAAGACUUCCACGAGAAGCGAAACCAUGCUCGCCAGAAGCUCGCCUCGCUCCAACAUCAGCGUUUCCGCGACCUAGCGACCGAUGUGUUCUGCGAGUUGGAGCGUCGAUUUCCGCACUUCACCGGCCGCGGGCGGCCACCACCUCCCGGUGCCAGACGAUCACAGUCUCGUGGCCCUCCUAGUCGCAUGGGCCGGGGUUAUCCAUCAGGUGGUCCUCCUAGUAGCCCUAGCCCAUUCCCUCCGCGCCAAGGUUCUUUAGGAGGCCCACCGGCAGGGAUGAAUGGAGACGGUCCUUUCCCUCGGUCUUUUCAAAGUAACACCAUGGUUCCCAACAAGAGCACGAUGGUGGAGGAUAGUGACGAUAUGGGAGGAGACGAUGACGAUGAUGCUCGGAGCGAUGCGUUUGCCCUGGAUGCUGUUUUGAGCAGACGGGGUACUACAACGACUCUGGGUGACAGUGAAAGAAAAUUGCUCCUGGAGAGCCAGACGCAAGUUUCAGCGCUGCAGGACAAGGUCGAAAAGCUGGAGGAACAGCUUCGCAUGAAGGAUGAGGAGCUAUCCCGGUCAUCAGAUGCAGACCAAUCUGCAAUCAGCCAUAGCGAACGCCAGGAGUGGGAUGAUCUGCGACAGGAUCUGGAGAGCAAGGUCUCCAAGGCAGAGGAUCUGAACAGUUCGCUCCAGCUUGAGCUCGACCGAGUUCGGGCUGACCAUGACAGUAUGGAACGUGAUCUUCGCAGCCAGCUCGAUGAAGCCGGUCAGGGUGCACGAGAUGUAGCCUUGGAGGCUCGAUACACUGACUUGGAGAGCAAGCACCAGAACCUCCAAGUGGAGCUGCAACACCAACAGGAGGUCACAGCGGAGGUGCGACGUGAAGCAUCUGAAUUCCUUAUGGAAAUGAAGACCCUCACGGCCCAGAGCCAUUCCAAUUGGGAACGUGAAGAGCAAUUAUCCAACGACGUUCACAGGCUCGAAGCGGAGCUCAAUGAUUGGAAGCACCGUUAUGCCAAAGCGAAGUCUCAGCUGCGCCACCUGCGCACGUCCUCUGGCGGAAUUGCUGAUCACCGGCCUGAUGCAAGGAUCAUUGCUAAGGAGCAUGAGCUGGUACAGGCUGACGGUGUCGUGAAGGACAUUCAUGUCACCAAGUUCCAGAUGUCAAUUGACGAGCUUCUCCGCAUUGCCCGUUUCGAGGACUCCCAGCAAGUAUCGCACCAAAUCAAGUUUGUCAUUGUGGCUGUUCGCCAUAUGAUUCAGGAUGUGGACCAGGCUCCCCCGCCGGUCGAUGGCUCGGCUGCUCUGCGCAUGAAGGCCAAGGAUCGCGUCUCUGCUACUGCCAACAACAUGAUUACCGCCGCUCGCAACUUCGCCAGCUCCGGCGGCCUUUCACCAGUUUCCUUGCUGGAUGCGGCUGCUUCACAUCUUUGCACUGCUGUCGUGGAGUUGAUACGCGCCGUGAAGAUCCACGCCUCGCCCGCGGAUGAACUGGACGAGGACGACGUGGACAUGUCGCACGAGAAGUUCCCGGACUACUUCAGCCCCACGGGCGGCCAAAGGCCGCUCAGCAACCACUCUGAAUAUAGCGUGUUGAGUCCUCCAGAUCAGGCGCACCCUGCGAUGCAGAAUGGCCUAACUAAUGGCAAUGGAUAUGGCUACGGGGCCCCUCAGGAGGACCACGAGCUUCAGGAGCUGAAGCUAUAUGUUGAGGAUCAGACUGAUAGCAUGGUCCAAUCCAUCCAGGCUCUGGUAGCCAGCAUUCGUGCCGAGUACGACAUGCAGACCGUCCAGACCUAUGUAUCCGCCAUCGGAAACAUCGUUGCCAAUGUGGUCUCCUCUACGGAAAACAUGAUUCACGACCGUAACGGCGAUGUUGCCCUGCGUGAACGAUCCGAGCCCGUCAUUCAGAUGCUCGAUCAAUGCCGUGGCCGGCUGCUGAACAUCGCCGCCGAGGGCCAUAAUGCUACCAGCCCCGAGCAACUGCGCGAGGUCACCAAUCAGCUACCUCCUAUUGCAUUCGAGACUGCUCGCCAUGCCAAGGAUCUUGUGCACCGCCUGGAGUCUUUAGCAAACGCAGACGAGGACGACUUCCGGUGA